CGGCGGCGGCGGCCGGAGCAGCAGCUCCCCGAGUCCGCACGGGCGCCUGUCUUUCGAACCCGCCGCGCCGCAGGGCAUGAGAGAGGCUGCCACACAGCUCUAAGUCCCCCCCGGUCCCCAUGGCGACGUUUCGCGCUGCCCGCGCUUUCCUCUUCCUCGUCCUCCUCUUCCUCUGCCUGCCGGGGCUGCGGCGAGGGGCGCGGGGCGGCGGGCAGCGCCCGCGGGGCUGCCCAGCGCCGUGCCGCUGCGAGCAGGAGGGCAUGCUCGUCCGCGCUGACUGCUCCGACCUGGGGCUCACGGCCGUGCCCGCCAACCUCAGCGUCUUCACCUCCUACCUUGAUCUCAGUAUGAACAACAUCACCAAGCUGCCCUCAAACCCCGUGCACAAUCUGCGCUUCCUGGAAGAGCUGCGUCUUGCAGGAAACGGCUUGACAUACAUUCCCAAGGGAGCCUUUGCUGGCCUUUUCAGCCUUAAAGUGCUGAUGCUUCAGAAUAACCAACUGAGACAAGUUCCUACUGAAGCCCUCCAGAACCUGCGCAGCCUGCAGUCUCUGCGCCUGGAUGCCAACCACAUCAACUACGUGCCCCCCAACUGCUUCAAUGGCCUGGUCUCCCUCAGACACCUGUGGCUGGAUGAUAACUCUUUGACAGAAAUUCCUGUCCAGGCCUUUAGAAGUUUGCCAGCACUGCAGGCAAUGACACUGGCACUGAAUAAGAUUCACUUCAUACCAGACUAUGCCUUUGGAAACCUCUCCAGCUUGGUAGUGCUACAUCUCCAUAACAAUAGAAUCUACUCCCUGGGAAAGAAAUGCUUUGAUGGGCUCCACAGCCUAGAGACUUUAGAUUUAAAUUACAACAGUCUGGACGAGUUCCCCACCGCUAUCAGGACGCUGACAAACCUAAAGGAGCUGGGAUUUCAUAGCAACAAUAUCAAGUCCAUACCCGAGCGUGCCUUUGUGGGUAACCCAUCACUCAUUACAAUACACUUUUAUGAUAACCCCAUCCAGCUCGUGGGAAAAUCUGCUUUUCAGCACUUGCCAGAACUCAGAACUCUGACUUUAAAUGGUGCUUCACAGAUAACAGAGUUUCCUGACCUGACUGGGACUACAAGUCUGGAAAGUUUGACACUGACAGGAGCACAGAUCACCUCUCUCCCCGAAUCUGCUUGUGACCAGUUACCUAAUCUCCAAGUGCUAGAUCUGUCUUACAACCUGCUGGAAGAUCUGCCCUGUUUUACUGCUUGUAAAAGACUCCAAAAAAUUGACCUGCAUCACAACGCGAUCGGUGAGAUCAAAGCAGACACCUUCCGGCAGCUGGCUGCUCUUCGCUCCCUGGAUUUAGCUUGGAACAAAAUUAAAUUUAUUCACCCCAAUGCCUUCUCCUCUUUACCAUCUCUGAUCAAACUGGAUGUGUCAUCCAACCUUUUGUCCUCUUUCCCUGUGACGGGGCUACACGGUUUAACUCAUUUAAAAUUAACAGGAAAUCAUGCCCUGCAGAGUUUGCUAUCAUCUGAAAGCUUUCCAGAACUCAAGGUCAUGGAAAUGCCUUAUGCUUAUCAGUGCUGUGCCUUUGGAGCCUGUGAGAGCCACUACAGAAUCUCCAGCCAGUGGCACAGAGAUGAGAACAGCAGUGUUGAUGAUUUGCACAGGAAGGACUCUGGCUUGUUACACAUUCAAGAUGAGCGUGACUUUGAAGACUUUUUUCUUGACUUUGAAGAAGAUUUGAAGGCUCAUCAUUCGGUGCAAUGCUCUCCUUCUCCAGGCCCCUUCAAGCCGUGCGAGCACCUGUUCGGCAGCUGGCUGAUCCGGGUCGGCGUCUGGGCCAUCGUGGCGCUGACCGUUGUCUGCAACGCGCUGGUGUCUGCCACGGUGUUCGGGGCCCCGCUCUACCUCUCCUCGGCGAAGCUGCUGGUCGGCCUGCUGGCCGUGGUGAACGCCUCGAUGGGGCUGGCCAGCGGCGUCCUGGCCAGUGUGGACGCCUCCACCUUCGGCCGCUUCGCGCGGUACGGCGCGCAGUGGGAGAGCGGCGCGGGCUGCCGGGUCACCGGCCUGCUCGCCAUCUUCGCUUCCGAGGCCUCCGUCUUCCUCCUCACCCUCGCAGCCCUGGAACGGGCCUUCUCGGCGAGGCAGGCCACCAAGUUCGAAACCAGGUCCUCCGUGGCCGCCGUGAAGGCUGCCAUCGCCUUCUGCCUGGUGCUGGCGCUGAGCGUGGCGGCCGUGCCGCUGCUCGCCGGCAGCCGGGAUGGGCUCUCUCCGCUCUGCUUGCCGCUGCCCUUCGGAGAGCCCUCUGCCAUGGGCUACAUGGUGGCGCUGGUCCUGCUGAACUCCCUCUGCUUCCUGGUGAUGACUCUUGCUUACACGAAGCUCUACUGCAGCCUGGAGAAGGGCGACCUGGACAGCGUCUGGGAUUGCUCCAUGGUCAAGCACAUAGCCCUGCUGCUUUUUACCAACUGCAUUCUUUACUGCCCCGUAGCCUUCUUAUCUUUCUCCUCCUUACUGAAUCUCACUUUCAUCAGCCCAGAAGUGGUUAAGUCAAUACUGUUAGUGAUUGUCCCACUGCCUGCAUGUCUAAACCCUCUCCUUUAUAUAUGUUUCAAUCCACACUUCAAGGAGGACUUGGGAAGCCUGCAGAAGCAAACUCUGUGGUGGAGGAGAUCAAAGCACGCGAGUCUGAUCUCUGUGAAUUCAGAAGACAUAGAGAAGCAAUCCUGUGACUCAACACAAGCCCUGGUAACCUUCACCAGUGCCGGUAUCUCGUACGAUGUGCCUGCCAGCAGUUCCCUAGUGCCAUCAGCUUGCCAAAUGACAGAAAGCUGCAAGCUGUCAGCAGUUGCAUUUGUUCCCUGCCGCUAGCCUCGGUGGCCAUGCAGAAAGUAGCCACCUUCUAAGCUCAGCAGUGAGCGUGGACGUGGGCAUAGGUGCUGCAGAGCGCCCCUGAGUUAUUGUUACACAUAUCAGGAAACAGGCAGGGACAAAAAAACUGCAGCAGGCUGAAAAAUCCAAUGCUUGAGCCUCCUCAGCCUGCUUCUGAAAUGCUGGGAUGGAGACAGAACCUGGAAGGCUGCUCCGGUUCGCACCGCUGCGUCAGCUGCUCUCUUUCAAAGCAGCGCUGCUCCGACAGGGCAUCGGUUGGUGAAGAGCCAACCUGACCUGUUAACGUGGCAAGCUUUGUCCUUUUUCCCCAGGCAUCAGCUGCUGCAGGUUGUGUUCAGGGCUCGAGAAGCUUUCCUGGUCACUGCCAUUUGGUUUGAGCAAUAGUUUGCCAGUGCCAUGAUUGUUUUUACAAGUGCCUGUGUACAGCCCUCCUCCAGCAAGGUGAUCUCAGUGGAAAAGUAGACCUGGGCAAGGCCUGAAGGUUUCUGCAGAACAGCUUGAGGAAGCUGAUUUAAUGACCUACCUGGCAUCAGAUUCCAUUUUCAGAAGUCAUCUGGCAUGACCAAACAUUUUGUAAUGGUCAACCAAACCUACCAAAUGGUGUGCAGAAAGGUUAUCAGGACUGACUUCAAAGAGCACUUGAAUUGCAAGUGGCAAGUCGUUGUCAUGUGGAUAUUUUGCUAGGGGGGGGUCUGCAGAGUUUGGUCCUGAAUUGCUGCUGUGCCAGAGGACUUACUCCCAGAGUUGCUGCUGAUAAAUCUGGCAGAUGGCUCACAGGGUUUGAAGGUGGAAAAUGCCAGGUAGAAAGUCAUCAGUGCAGUAGGACUGGCAUGAAAGGGCACCAAAGAUGCUUGUGGAGAAACGUGCACUUAAGGUCAUUUGUUCAGGAGCAAAAACUGUAGUCCUGCUGUGGCAUGACCUCUGUCCUGUGAAACACUGAUUGUAGAAAGCUUCUAGUCCAAGGUCACUAUUUGAAGUGUCCUUUUGGCUCAGGAUAGCCAGGGGGGCUAGAAAGCCAAUGGCAUCCCGGCAGGGAUUAGAAAUGCUGUGUCCAGCAGGAGCAGAGAGGGGAUUGUGUUCUUGGACUCAGCUCUGGUGAGGCCACACCUUGAGUACCCUGUGCAGUUGUGGGCAUCUCGAUACUAGAGAGCUGUGGAGGUGCUGGAGGCAGGGCAGAGGAGAGCAACAAAGCUGGAGGAGGGCAUGGAGAAUAACUCUGCUGAGGAGAGACUGAGGGAGCUGGGGAUGGGCAGUGUGAAACAGAGGAGGCUGAGGGCAGAGCUCAUGGCUGGCUGCAGCUACCUGAAAGGACUUUGUGGAGAGGCUGCUGCUGGGCUCUGCUCACAGGUCGUUAGGGAUAGAACAAGGGGGAAUGGCCUCAAGCUGUCACUGGGCAGGUUUAGACUGGGCAUUAGGAAACAUUUUUUCACAUCAAGAACAGUCAGAGAUUGGAAUGAGCUGCCCAGGGAGGUGGUGGAGUCCCCCAGCCUGGCUGUGUUUCAAGGUGGUGCUUGGGGCUAUGGUUUAGGGUGCAGCUUGUAGAGUAGGGAUCUGGGUUGGGCUUGGGGAUCCAGAGGGGCUUUGCCAACCUGAACCUUUCUGUGCUUCUGUAAAAUCCUAAUCCAAGGCAGUAUCAAGGAGGAGGGAAGAGUUUGUACGAGCUGUGGGGAUGUUCACACAGUUGUUGCAUUCAUUGGCUGUGAAGAACAUUGUGAACUCGAGAAGGAUACACUUUAUAAGUAGCUGCUUCUGGGCAGCAGAAGUUUGAGAGAAGACUGCACACUCCAGAGGAGAAAAAUCUGCUGGGAUCAGCUGGAAGUAAUGGAAAUUAAGGUACCAUUUGUUGACAGUGCUGAUCUGUCACCAAAACCCUCUAGUUCCAAACUGGGUAUUGCCAAAAAGCAGUAGUGGAUCAUCUGUUGGAAUUCAGGGGCUUCUGGUGGCUCGUGUUUAGGUAAAGGUUGGACUGAAUUAACAAAGCUCCCCUCUGGCUUUGGAUCUGUUGGUCCUUUGCUGAAUCAAAGCAUGUGUGUUUACAUGUCAGAAGCAGCCCACUUACAAGAGACCUCAGCUCUCUGCCAAACCUACUGUCAAAACACCUCUGACAGCAGAGCUACCUUGGAAUAUCGGUCCUUGACCUUGGCCAAGCCACCAGGGCAUACUGCAGUACUCUCCCCUCAAAGCCUCCACCUUGUGCUGAUCAUUUUAAACACAAAAGCUUCACCGAUUUGCUUUGUGGCUGUUAAAAACAGCUCCCUGAGGAGCAGCAUUGCCUAGCCCAGUACUCGCUGCUGGCUUCAAGGCCACUCAGCCUCCAGGUGAAGGGGACUGGUUUUUUCACAUCACCAAGGUUAGGCCAGCCCAAUAAUGAAGCUAAUCACUUCCAGAUGAUCUCUGCUGUUCAGCUGAUACCGUAUAGAAAACCUCUGGCCCUCCAAGGGUCGAUGCUCAGGAUGAAGACGAUUUGUGCCAGCAGUGGGUACCCCUCGAUUUCCUUGCCCAUCCACGCUGCCCUGGCGCUAGUUGUGCGGCUCCAGACGGCAUCAGCUGACUUUGGCUGUCAUGUUCAUCCUCCAGAGAAGCAAAAAAACCUGAACCAGUGCUGACCAAAGUCAGCCGAGUGCUUAUCUUGAUCCUCUGUCCCUUGUGGCCUUUGAAGCAGUGCAGCGUGCAGCUGGAGAGCGAUGCCUGAGACCACUUUGGCUUAACCAGACCGGUGAACCGUUGCACAAUACCCACUGCAUGUUUACUUAGCUUCCAUUUAACUGGCAUCCAUCUGUGCUGCUGCGCUGCUUAAUGUCACUGAGAUUCCUUUUCAGCUUGCUGCAUUUGAAAGGUCUGUAAAGUGCUUUGAGAAGCAAAAUGUUGCUAUCAUCCUACAGCCUGGGGUAAAGAGAAACUUCUUUUAUCCAACCUCUUUUUAGCUUGCAGGAAGCCCUCAAAGCUCUUUCUCUGUGUGUGUGUGUGUGUGUGUGUUCAUUUUGUAAGCACAUCUGAAACACUCUGAUCAGACAUUUUAAACUUGAAAUUGUUCAAAUGAAUUUGAUGAUAGUUGGGUUUGGUUUUUAUUUUGGAGGGGGUUUUAUUUUUUCAAGUACAAUGUGUAAAUAUAGAACUGUAUUUAUUACUGCAGUGAGAGGCGACCCCAGUAAAGGACUGAGAGAUUUAA